AUCUGGCAAUGCGGAAGAAGUGUCCGCAAAGGACAACGAGGCACUUUCCAGAGUCUGCACGCAAUGGAGCUGCCAUAUAUCAAUGGCGAGGGCGCAUGAAGUGCUCGGGCGUAAUGCCCCUGGACUCUCUCUUCCCCUUCCCCCUUAAACACAGCUUCUUUUUCCCUUUUUUUUCCAAUCCACUCUUCCUUCGUCUCUCGCCUCUUUCUCUCUUUUCCUCCUUUGGGUGAAGAGAAGAGCUUCUCGGUUGAAGAUCGGUAGGAUCCGUUGCCGUUCUCCUCACCACUCUUCACAUCUUGUUCUCGCAACCUUUUUCCACGACCCACCCGCACAACCAGCAGCCAUGAAGUACCAGGCGAUCGCCCUCCUCCUCUCUGCCCUGUCGGCCGCGCCGGCUGCGGCGCAGAUCGGCAACCCGCGCGCGCCCAACCCCAUGGACAAGGCCAAGGCGACGAUUGUGGAGGACUUUGCCUGGCGGGAUCCGUUCACAGCCAAGACGACGGACAGCUUCGACGCCGCGUGCGAGGUGACCGGGGUGUUCAACGCGGAGCAGUACACGCUGCAUCAGCUGUUCGACAAGCACCCGCUGGGCCUGUGGUCGUACUCGGAGGCGCUGAAGGAUUUCUUCUCGGAGCGGGAGUACCCGGGCGGCUUCUCGGGACUGGACCGCCACGGCUGGGACCGCAACGUGCUCCUCAUGCACUACGACGGCGUGCCGGUCCAGGUGCGGGAGUGGAUCGAGGAGCAGGACCGCACCGAGAGCAAGCACCAGGGCCUCUUUGCCACGUUCAAGAAGCCCAAGGACAAGCACACCAAGGUCGACGCGCGGUGGGUCGCUCCCAAGGACGGUGUGGUCGACCGCGAGGAGGACAAGGAUAAGGUCAUCCUCUUCGCGCCGGGGGCGUUGUACGAGAUCCUCCCCUUGUUUGUCGCCGAGUCGAGCGACUGCAAAGACGCGCUCCUGGAUCUUAGCAAGUACUCCCCCGAACCCAAGGACGGAGCCGUCGUCGCCUGGCCCAUCAACCACACCCGGCCUAGCGUCAGGGAGAAGCGGAGGCAGAUUGAGAUCACCAUCAAGGCUCAGGUCCUGAAGCAGAAGGAGGGCGGCGCUGAGGCGGCCGACGAGGGCAAGGACGAGCUGUAAAUUUGAUGUAACGGAGCGAGAGUAUUCAAACGAGAAACAAGACGUCAAGAAAAAAAUUAGGAGUUUUGGGAUGGGGCAUUC